CUAUCGAUAUAUUAAAGUACAUAACUUAUGUUACCGCAAAACAUUAGACUGUAUGUUUAAACAACGUAAAUUUAAUGCCAGAAAAAUACAUGUUUAAAUUGUUUGGAUUCAUGUGCAUUGAAGAAUAAAGAAUAUUUAAAGACAAAGUAUGGGAACGUCAGAUUAAAUUGAAGAGCGAUAUAGCGGCUGGGUUGGUGACGCGCAGCAAGAAAUAAAACGAGUUUGUAGAGAUUUUAUGCUAACGGGAUUUCUGAAGCGAAGUUGUUUUGUUCGAAAUCGCUUUUCGACAAAUUCAUGUUAUUGGAGUCAUAAAAGCAAGAAGGCACAAAUGUAUUAUUCGGCGUUGAUUGAUAUGGCUACUGAUGGAUUUUACGCGGCUUUACGUAGACUGGAAGUACUUGAAGAGGGAUCAGGAAGAAGUGAGUCUAAAAGAUGCGGUUUCUACGACUACAGAGAAAGGCGAGGCUUUUUGCUGAUAAUUAACUACAAAAAUGGACGAGAGGCUUCCGAUGUCGACGUAACGAAACUGGAGACCUUCUUCAGAGACGAACUCAAAUUCCAGGUUUCUAGCAACGCGAAAGACCACUCGCUAGCCGAACUGGAUAGAUAUCCGGAGGCUGCUAAAAUCACGCUUAACGGCCCAGAUGGCAAGAACAUAUACUGCUUUAUAUGUGUUAUCAUGGGGCAUGGAAACGAAAAUGGUAUUGCAACAACAAAUCAGUCGAGGAGAUCCGAAUGGAAUAUAGGAACAAAGAACUUCCAAACUAUACAGGCUUGUAUGGGUCUCGAUGAACAAGAUGGCUUAGGAAUAGACGAGGCUGACAAUAGCGGUGAAGAACAGAAUUCGGAUGACUCAUCAGUUAAAGUUCCUCACGACGCCGAUACACAUAUAGCAUUCUCGACAACCCCAGAGGGAUCAGGAAGAAGUGAGUCUAAAAGAUGCGGUUUCUACGACUACAGAGAAAGGCGAGGCUUUUUGCUGAUAAUUAACUACAAAAAUGGACGAGAGGCUUCCGAUGUCGACGUAACGAAACUGGAGACCUUCUUCAGAGACGAACUCAAAUUCCAGGUUUCUAGCAACGCGAAAGACCACUCGCUAGCCGAACUGGAUAGAUAUCCGGAGGCUGCUAAAAUCACGCUUAACGGCCCAGAUGGCAAGAACAUAUACUGCUUUAUAUGUGUUAUCAUGGGGCAUGGAAACGAAAAUGGUAUUGCAACAACAAAUCAGUCGAGGAGAUCCGAAUGGAAUAUAGGAACAAAGAACUUCCAAACUAUACAGGCUUGUAUGGGUCUCGAUGAACAAGAUGGCUUAGGAAUAGACGAGGCUGACAAUAGCGGUGAAGAACAGAAUUCGGAUGACUCAUCAGUUAAAGUUCCUCACGACGCCGAUACACAUAUAGCAUUCUCGACAACCCCAGAGUAUGUUGGUGAGAUCUUGAAGUUCACUUUUGGUGCCACCCAUAAGGUCAAUGCAACAAGCGAUUCUCAAGUUGCAGAUGGGUCUUCCACCGAUGGAGAUAGAGAUGUGGUGGUCAUUGACAGUCUAUUGCAUUAUCAUCUCAAGGAAGAGAUUGAACAGGACGGGAGAGAGCAGACAUACCUGACGGACUACCACUGA